AUGAAAAGAAAAAUAUACAAUAUACAACAGCAUUUAUGUGAUGCUUUAUUAUCUUCAUUAUUAUCAAAAUUUGGUGGUUUACUUGAACAAAUGGAAGUUGAUUUUAAUGAACUUAAUAUUAAUUUUCAAAUGAACAAAAAGUUUUAUGAUCUUUAUAAAGAUCCAGUUUUUCUUUUUUCUCCAUUCCUCGAUGGAAUGUUUAAAAUUCGUUGGAUUACUGAAUCUUUACUUCCUGAUUCAACAAAAGAAUGA